AUGGACAGAGCAGGAGCGGGGAGGCGGGCUUUGAGGUUGCCAGGGCGACGCCUCGGAAGCGUUCCCUUUUUGGUCCGACUCGCUGCCGGUGCCAUAGCGGAAAAACACCAACCAAACCCAGGCGAGAGUCUCGUCUCUGCGGCAGCGAGAUCCGUUUCGUGGUCCGCCCUCUGUCGGAGAGGAGGAGGCGCUGCCGCUCUCAUUUUGAGAAAGGAAAAAGGGGGAAAGACUAGCAAAUUGGAGCUUGAGAGUUUUGGCUGCGUAUGGUACACAUGGCAGCAGAAUAGUAAAGGGUGAGGUCAGAGGAAAAUGAAAGUAAUACGUUAUUAGCAGUGAAAUACACUAAGUUGAGGCAGUGGCCAUGGGCAAAGCAGUGUUGGCGAUGGCAUACAUGUUUAUUUUAUUGAUUUAAUGAAAUUUAUAUACUGCUUGAUUGCAGUAAAACCACUAAGCUGUUUACGAUAAAUAUUAAAAGCAUCAAUAAAAACAGUUAAAGGUCAUUAAAACCAACAGUGAAAACUAUCAAGGCACAUCAGCACCUACAUGAUAGGCUUUCCGAAACAAAAAUGUUUUCAAGCAGACACCGAAAGGAGUACAGAAAUCAAUAGGCAGGAAGUUCCAAAGUUUAGGUGUCACCACAUUAAGAGAUUUUGUUACAGCUGUGGAAAGUGAUGUUCUCGUUUUGUAUUUUUCUGCUGUGAAUCUCCCUGGGAUCGUUGGGUGAAAAGUGGUAUACAAAUUAAAUAAAUGCUAAGAAUAAGCAUUAUGAGGCAUCACACCAAUAAUGGCACCAGUUCGGCAGGUUUAAGCAAGUGAGUGGGUGAACAGGCAAUCCUGCAGAUAUAUCCUGGCAUGUGUAAGCUAGUGUGAUUAAAAUGUCAUUAUUCCUAUUCAAAUCAUUUGUUAAUAGAAUUAGACCUCUAAAUAAAUGUGCUACUCUUUAAGGUGCCACAAGAGUCUUUGGUCUUGAUAAAUUAUGUGGCUGCACAUUGCAGUCUUCCCUUGUUUGUGCAUAACCAUCUCCAAUCCACAAAAGCUUAUGCAAUAAUACAUUUGUUAGUAUUUUAAGAUUCUACAAUAUUCUUUUGUGGUGUUUGCUGCAACAAACUAACCCAGCUUCCCCUCUGAUUGGCAGUAGAGAAACAGAUGGAGCCGCUAGAGCUUUCAGCCUUUGUACUCUCACUUGGAGUAAAUGUGCGCAGGACAGGGCUGCACACAGCACCAUAACUUGGUGGUAGAGAAGAUGGUUUACAUGCAAAAGGUCCCAGCUCUAAUCCCUGGACUCUGCCUGAAACUUGCAGUCAGUGUUGGCAACAUUGAGCUAGCUGGACCAAUGGUCUGACUUAGUGUAAGGCAGUUUCUGACAUUUCCAAUUUCUCAGGAAGUUCUGUUGAAAUCAGUGGUGAUGUAUUAUGAAAGGCUGUGAAAAGGAUGCUGCCAACCUCUGUAUAGCUCUUUUGGUAGAGCAUGAGAUUCUGCACCUGUUGAAUUUUUGCAAAUCACGCAACUGUUAAAAGCGCACACAAAAAAUGUCUUUUAAGAAAAAACACACAAGACUAGUUCUUUCUGCACUUACUUGCUAGGAAGAAUCACUGAUCUCUGCAAGAUUUACUUCUGAGAAACAUGUAUCUGACAGGGCUAUUACUAUGGAGAAAACCUCAUUCGACUCCGAAAUAACUGAGCAACCAGGGCUGAAUCUACACACAUAUAUAAAACGCU